GACUUUUAUUUCCUCUAUAAGCUAUCCAGAAAGAAAAGUUUCACAUUUAUUUGAAUUUAGUUUAUUUUUCCAACAUUAGGUGUAAAUGCAUUUUCGCAUAUUAAAAAGUGAAAAAGAAAAGACCCUUCCUCCUUCUGCAACGGCAACAUAGAUUCUCUCUCUCUCUCUCUCAUAAUUCUCUCAAAAUCCCCCAAAAACUCCACUCAGAGAAUUCCGAUUCGCCGGCGAGCUUUCGUAGCUCGCUUCUCCGGCAAGAAACCAUGGCGAAUUUCUCCGAUCGAAGCACCUAUCUUCGAUUAGGGAAAUUUUCCUCCAUUAUUCUCGCUAUAUUCGCUCUCUGCAUCAUCUUCUCCACAACGGCAACAGCAGAACACGAAGAACCCUCCGUUCUCCGGUUACCGUCGGCUACCGCCGGGGACGAACAAACCCUAUGUUCCGGGACAACAGCUUCAUCGUGCCCUGCAAAGUGCUUCCGGACGGAUCCGGUUUGCGGCGCAGACGGCGUGACGUACUGGUGCGGUUGCGCCGAAGCCGCGUGCGCGGGCGCUAAAGUUGCGAAAUUGGGUUUUUGUGAAGUUGGGAAUGGAGGAUCCGCAACUUUUCCUGGUCAGGCACUUCUGUUGGUUCACAUUGUUUGGCUCAUUGUUUUAGGGUUUUCUGUUUUGUUUGGUCUUUUUUAGUUUCGCCGGAAAAUUAUGUAAUUAUGAGGAAGUUGAUGUUUAUCUAAUCUCAUUUUUUUUGUAAUUGGGGUGUUUUGAUUCAUGUGUGUUAUAAAGGGAUUUGACGAUGUUGAUUUUUGUUUAUAUAUAGAGUUAAUUGAUCGUUUGGGCAAUUCUUCUUAUAUUGUAUUUAUAUGUUUUCAUUUGGAUCUUCUUACUUUGGGAAAUUACUUGCAUUAUUGUAUUGAAAUUUCCAAAUUUGUUGUUA